AUGAAAACUGCUGUGAUCAUUGUGUGCCUUGUUGGCUUGGCCUAUGCCUAUCCCGCAUCAUCAGACUCAAACUCUUCUCCCGUGGAUUCGCCUGAAAGUCACGAUACUUCUUCUUCUUCGUCGUCAGAAGAGUUCACUGCUCGCCCUGCAGUAAAUAUUACACUGGAGCCCUUAACUGAUCAACCAAGAGGUGAUAGCCUGCGGCUCAGACGUGCUUUAAGACAGUUUGUAUCUUCAAGUGAAAGUCACAGCAAAUCUAUCUCAAACUCCAGCCCUGACUCCUCCUCUUCUUCUGAAGAAUUCAGAACUGUUCCUACCGCCGAUGGGACAACAGCUGGUCAAGCACUGACAGAAAACCUGCGCCGUAAACGUGCCGCUGGACAGAAACCUCAUAGCAGCUCCUCAGAGCAUUCUUCUGAAAGUACAACCACUGAGAGCACAAGCAGCCACACAUCUGAGAGUUCAGAAGAAGAUAGCCACGAGCGCAGCACGAAGCAGAACCUGUUGCAGGGUAUCCUAGAGACAUCCACUGUACCCGACACUUCCGAGGAGAGCUCAGAGGAGAGAACAACAAAUACUCCCAUCUUCCAACCCUAA